CGCAACCGAAACUACUGAAAACCUACCUUGGCAAAGAUGUCAUUACCUCCUAUUUAAUGAAGAGAGGUGAUAAAUCGUCAUACCAUGGGUGCUUGGCCCAAUGCCGUGAUGUUGUUGUUUCUUUAUCGUUCUCGAGUAGUAACUGGAAGGACCUCGACAACGCUUGGGCUACUCAUUUCUUGGUGGAAGCAGAAAGGUUAGACUUGGAUCAGGAGGCCUUAAAGAAAAAGAUGCGUAGAAUCGGAACAUUUGGGGCAGCAGGUGAAUUCGUAUUGGGAAGGAGUUAUCGAGGAAUGUGGAAAGAAUACUGCGAAACGGAAACAAAAUGUGAUCAAAGAAAAAGAAAACAUUCGAUCACAAACAAAAAAGAAGCUCAAACAACUUUGAUUCUUUCAGAAGGGAUUUCUUUACCAGAAGUCAUUCGCAACAUUUUACCAAAUUUGACCUAUCUAAAGUUGCAUAAUAAGUCAAACUCAAGCACCGAAUCUACAGAAAAACGCUUUCCCGAUGAGAUCACAAACUGGGUGGAGUUUGAGCAAGAAGUACUAGCGUGGCAACCGGAAACCUUAACUCCAUUUGAUCGUUCAAUCCUUUUCUUGGAUGGUCGUGCUUUGGAGAGUAUAGUUGGGCAACCAGAUUUCGUAAUAGUUAAUGGUAAUAUGAUACUACUCGUGGUUUGGGAAUGCAAAACAAAGUGGGUUUUGAAAGUAUCCCCUAACGAAGAUAUCGUCACACUAUACAAUCAGAAAAAAGAGAUUCGUGAAGGGCCAUUUGUUUGUUCGAUAUUUGACCCCAUAAACCAAACCUAUGGCUAUAUGUGUGCCAAUAGUUUGAGGUAUGGUAUUCUAUCAACAUACGAUCAAACUUGGGUCCUUAAAAUGGGAGUAGAGAAAGUAGAGGGAAAAGACUAUGGGUGGCUACAUGUAUCAAAUACCAUUAUGUGUGCAUCAACAAACCCUACGUUACUUAAAUCUGUUGCCUACAUCAUCGAUCUCGCAUCUAAUGAUUACGACAGUGAAUUUAAGUAUAAGGGUUGCUUACCCCAAAUAGGUCCAAAUGUUGUAACUCGAAGCCAAAAGAGUUACGAAGAAGUUUUGACUUUACGAGAACAGUUGGCAACUUCCUUGAAACAAAUAGGAAUUUUCUUCGUCGAAUUUGAUCAAGCGUGUGAUUUACUAAUGGGAUUUUCUAUUUUUUUGUCUCAAACUGAAAAUAGGUUUCAAGAUCUUCAAGGAGCUUAUGAUACCCUGUAUCAAGAUUUCCUUCAAGUCCAACAAGAAAGGGAUCUUCUUUAA